CUAGAGGUUUACUAGCACCAUUUUUAAAACGUAACGUUGCCUUAAGGCAUGGUUUCUCAAGAUGAUGAAUUCGUUGUUCCUCACAUGGAUUUAUCUUGUUUGCAAAAUUCAAUAGCAUAUCAGAAAGUUCUUGAAGAACCUUGGACUUACCUUCACAAUUGGGAUUCUCUAACUCCCAGUGUUCAACAAGAGGUGGCACAAAACUUCCUAAGUGAACUAAGCUCACUUAAAACUGAAAUGGCGGUUACCCAAGGUGUAUUUGAUCCUUCCAUGUUUGUGAAUCAGGAUGCUCCAUGUGAUACAGCAGUUUCUGGACAAAAUGGUAAUACAACAGAAAAUCAUACAAACACCAAGUAGUGUUUUGAUUAUUUUUGUUUCCUGUUGUUCUAAAUAAAGUUUACAAAAUUAUAAUCGUGUUUUCUUUUUUUAUUUAGUUCUAAAGACCAUAUAGAUUGAUUACACAAUAUAUUAGAUUUUUUGAGGUUUCCAUUAGAAACUUCAAGUCUUUUCCUACAUCUUAAUAUACUUCAAAUGUUAUUACUCACUUAAAUCCAUAGAUUUAAUUUAAUAGGGAACCAAGAAAUCGAUCGUGCAAUCACGAUUUGGAGAUAAACACGUUGUUUUUAGGUUAUAAGUGGGUACAAAGUAGGAACUGAGUACUAGAAAUAGUUUAUUUAAGCUCUUUCCCCAAUACGGCAUAUCUAUACUAUUAUAAUUUAUGAAGUAUUUUGAUGCUAUAAGGAUGAACUAUCAAAGAAGUUUCCGAAUUCAACAAAUGUUUAAGGGUUUUAUGAGCAAUCCAAUUUUGUUAAUAAGAAAUUGUAAAAAACUAUGUAUUAAUUUGAACGUGAUUUCCAUCUAGUUGAUUCUCGUAUUAACUCAUCGUAACUUUUGCUCACUGUAACAUUAAUUGGUAUUAAUUACUUCAGUGUGAUUUUUUCAAUUACUUGACUUUUGUUCAGUAUAGUAUUCAAUUAUACUAAUUCUAUAUGAUAAUUGUUCAUUUUGACUUUGAUUAUUAAUCAUUGAGUGUAAUCUGUAUACAAUGGAAUGAAUUCAAAUAUGGAUCAGUCUUUUUGGAUUUCUAUCAACAAAACGUCUAACAAGCUUGGACCUAUGUCUUUAGUCAGUAUUCGGAGAAGGAAACAAUCUUCUUCAUUGAUAUGGAAGACCUUGGAGUACAAGCGUCUCAAAAAUCCGAAAAUUGAUGAUAAGAAGCAGUCUAUCUAUCAGCAACAACCACUCUUUAUUACCUUUCAGUCUUCUUCCAGAGAAAUUGUUCCAGUUACUAGAAACUGAAUGGCUCUCCCCUCCCAAAGUAUUCACAGUGUUUUUGUAAAUUCUGUGUUAGUAGGGAUUACCAGAAAUACUAUGGCAACUGAAAUAUAAAUUUGUUGUGGUAGGUGUCUAUUUUCAAAAAAGAUGGACAGCGAUUGGUCUCAUACAAGCUCCACGUGCUCUCGUUUGUAUAAGUAAACAGACAUCAAAAUAGUUUGACUUUUCUCCAUAAUUAGAGUGUGAUAUCUAUGCAUAAUUUGUUGUUCUGUACAAGCAUUGUAUACAACAUAAUUGCUGAAAAAUUACUUUGUGAAAUGAUAAAACAGGUUGGUCACGUGGUGCCUUAUUUAUUUCGACAUUUUUUUUAAUGCUUAUGUUGAAAAUUACAUUGUUUUUUUCAAAAUUCCUAAGUGCUUUCUGCAUAGUUACAAAUCAUAAAUGGACGGAAAAUAGUCCAGUACUAUUUAAUCUAUAGAUCAGUUGAUUUUAUUACUAAGAGAAAAAAUAUAAUGAACUAAAUUAUUACGCAUUUUUAUUCAGAUGAAACUAAUUUAUGUAACUAUCGAUUCAAUGAACAUAUUUUUAGAAGUCAACUGGAGCUAUGGUAAACUUUUUUGAUAUAGCUUGUUGUCGGUUAACAUGCUUCAAAACACAUCACAUUAGAUCAUGUAAGCAGACUUCCUAGUUUAAGCAACUUAUCUGUGUUGUUCAUCUAAGUAGUUAAAAUCAGACUAGGUAUGUGAUAAUUUCCAAGCUAUAAAUUUAAACCUAGUUAAUGCAAUGCCCAUGAUACAUGACAAAAAUUACUCCAAAUUAAAGCAAACCUGUGCUUUAUCCCAUCUUAGCAUAGAGUAGUUUAAUUUCAUGGGUGCCCUUCAAACAGAACCAUUAGAAAUUGCGAGUGAUAUGAAUCAGGAAACUGAACAGAACAGGAAAUAAUAUAUUUACAGCAUAAUUAAAACAAACCAUCAAGAAUAUAUGAAGUUAUUUCCAAAUGACAGUUAAACAAAUCGCUCAUUUUUAAGUACUCCAUAGUAAAUUUCCGGAAUUAUGGUAAGUGUUUAUCAGUCCUAAUUUUAAUGGGAGUGAAACCAAACGUCAGGGAAAAAAGAAUAAACUUGAGUAAGAGAUUUGUUAUUGCCCCUAAAUGCCCUAGUAUGGUUGAAAGUGGGGUGGGACCGCCCGCCCUCCCUCUCGAAAGGCUCUCACAUGGCCACGCGUACAGCUGUGCCAGGGAAGUCCUAGUCAUUGCCCUCUCUUGGUGGGGGUGUUGUUUACGAAACUGAGAGAACGAAAAGCGGAUGUAUGUCGCUUUAACCGGAUCUCAAACCAAUGGUGCACAUGGUCCCCAGUACCCUGAGGGAACAAAUGGCGUAUGAACCAAUUGUUGGUCACCGGCUACCAUGGGACUGCAUCUCCUCACGAUCCCCCACCGCCUUGUGGGUCGAACAUUUAGGUCAAAGGCUCGGGGUGUGGCCCCCUAAGAAAACCAUCUCCUUCGGUUUGGACACCCGGGAGAUAUCACAGCCCACACACAAUACUUACGGAUAAUACUAUGAUUGCUUCCAUUAACGGUCAGACGAUCCACAUUGUUGUUAUUAUUAUUUACUACGUCAUUUAUUCACUUUCUUUUAUUCCCACUUUAUGUGUCCUUAUUUUUCGACUUAUACAGCAGCCCGCUUAU